AUGGCAUACAACGUCACCGAGAAAGAGACACAGCCAAAAACAUUCAACCACUUCAAUGGUUCUACGGAAGAGAUUCUGGCACGUUAUUGUAUAUCGGAACUCCUGAAAGGAUGGCCUGUGUAUCGAGACGUUUCUGAAUGGAAAAACUUUCGCAGCAUCUUCACCGACGAAGGUGCUCAUAUCUUUACAACCUGGAGUGGCGGAGUGCCGAUCGACGAUUUCAUUCGAAUUUCCCAAGAGAAAAGAGCCCAGGGAGACUUCAUCAUGCAUCGCGAGAAUGGCACGCUUGUGGACUUGAAUCUACCACUAGAACGGGCGGUUGGCCGGAUGAAGGCUACCAUUACCCAACGUGUGAAUCUUCAAGACUUUGACAUUGACGUCGAAUGCGACUGUAGAGUCGUCUUCUUUGUGAAGAAACAGCACGAUGGAUGGAAAGCGCAGUACUCGAAGGUCUUGUAUGAGAAAGACAGAUUGGUCCCCGUGGACGGAAACCACGCCCCGGAAGUCGACCUACAGAGCAUCCAACACUACCCUGUUGGAUACAGAUACCUCGCGUGGGCACAGAGCCAGUUGGGUCAUAAAGUCCCCACCGACCUACCAACCCUUAACAACGAAGGAUUCUACAAGAUGACCGAAACUGCUACAGCUUGGCUGGAAGGCAACGAGGUGGAUAUCUUCUGGUGA